GGAAGGAUUCCCAGCCCUCCUAUUCCUGGUGCCUGAUGGGGAUGGGAUGCUGAGGAUGGGAUGGAGAGGGGUCACCCACCCCAGGAGGAUCCUUGUGGCAUUGGGGGGGGGUCGUUCUGGAGAUUAGGGGAACAGCUCUAUUUCACCCUGGUGUUUGCUUGCCCUGCCUGUGCCUCAGUUUCCCCACUCAGUCAGACACAUCUGUGUUUCCCCUGCGAUGCAAAGACCCACACCCUUGCCCUGGCCGACCCCAGCAUUCUGUCCUGACAUCCCCAGGGCACCUGGGCCCUAUCUCAGCGCCCACAUUCACUGCUCCAGAUGUUCCUCCUCAGGCAGAGAUAGCGCCGUGGUUUCGUCACUGCGCUGGGGGCUGACCCCCAUCUCCUCCUCCCUCGCACUGCAGAGCCCAAACAAACAACCCAACCCACAGGCCGAGCAGGACGGGCUGUGUGGGUUCUGCCAUGGAGACCCCCGAGCCCCCUGUGCCCCCCGGGGCUGGCAGGGGGGGCACGGGCAGCGGGGGCCCCCGGCGGUGUCCGUUCCGGAGGCAGGGCGCUGCCACUGGGAUCCCGCAGGAAGGUGGGGAGAGCAGCCUGCACCAGCUCCUCGAGGCCUUCGUCUCCGCAGGCAGGGUGGACCACGUCGCCAUGGUCAUGGGGCUGCACCCCCAGUACCUCAGCAGCUUCUGGAAGACCCAGUGCCUCCUGCUGCGCAUGGACGGGCCCCUGCCCUACCACAAGCGCCACUACAUCGCCAUCAUGGCUGCAGCCCGGCACCGCUGCUCCUACCUGGUGGGGCUGCACAUGAGGGAGUUCCUGCAGACGGGGGGCAGCCCUGCGUGGCUGCAGGGGCUGCACUGUGCCCCCCAGAAACUCCGGAACCUCAACGAGAUCAACAAGCUGCUGGCGCACCGGCCCUGGCUCGUCACCAAGGAGCACAUCGAGGCACUGCUGAGGCCGGGGCAGGACAGCUGGUCGCUGGCAGAGCUGGUGCAGGCGCUGGUGCUGCUCACCCACUACCACUCGCUGGCAUCCUUUGUCUUCGGCUGCGGCAUCAGACCCGAGGGGGAGCAGGACGUGGGGAGCAGCUGCUGGGCCCCCUCACCCCACAGCAACAGCAGCCCCGCCUCUGGGGACAGCGUGGGGGGCUCUGGGGGCACAGAUGCCAUGCAGGAGGUGGAGGUGCUGAUGGAGAGGAUGAAGCUGCUGCAGGAAAACCAGCUGGAGGAGGACGGAGUCACACAGGAGGAGAUGGCAACACGCUUCGAGCUGGAGAAGACAGAGAGUUUGCUGGUCCCUUCCUCAGAUGUUUUGGAUCCCUCGCUGCAGUCCAACAUCCGCUGCUUCCUGGAGGACCCUGAGUUCGGAUACAAGGACUUCACACGCAGGGGGGAGCAGGCCCCCCCCACUUUCCGUGCACAGGAUUACACAUGGGAGGACCACGGCUACUCGCUGAUCAACCGCCUGUACCCAGACGUGGGACAGCUCCUGGAUGAGAAGUUCCAGGUGGUUUACAACCUGACCUACAACACCAUUGCCAUGCACUGUGGCGUGGACACCUCCGUGCUGCGCCGCGCCAUCUGGAACUACGUGCACUGCGUCUUCGGCAUCCGCUAUGAUGACUACGACUACGGGGAGGUGAACCAGCUCCUGGAGCGCAACUUAAAGGUCUACAUCAAGACAGUGGCCUGCUACCCGGAGAGGACAACCAAGCAGAUCUACGCACAGUUCUGGAGGCACUUCAAGCACUCGGAGAAGGUGCACAUCAACCUGCUCCUGCUGGAGGCACGCAUGCAGGCAGCUCUGCUCUACGCCCUCAGGGCUGUCACCCGCUACAUGACCUGACCUGACCUGAGCUGCUCUGCUCCUGCUCCUGCUCCUGCUCCUGUCCUGGCUGUGCAGGAACAGCCAGGGGGCAGCUGGAGCCCUGGAAUUCCACUGCACUGUUGUCUCCCUGCUUCACUGGCCUAGAGCUGUGGAAGUGGGAGCUUCCCUGCGCUUUCUCCCCGGAGAGGGGAGCCCCAGGAAGCUGCUGGUGCUGGAAGACCCCAGAGUGCUGCCCUGGGCCUGGCAGAGCUGCGAGGGCUCUGCUGCUCCGUGCCUUUUUGGGGCUGGCCCGAGCGGAGCCAGACUGGGAUGUCUGUGGCUGCAGUGCUGGUGUCACACCCUGUGACGUGUCCUGGCACCAAGGCUGCCGCCGAAGAGGACUGUCCCCCUGCCCGAGGUGGCCAGAGGAUGUCAUGGCCUUCACCCCUGCCUUUUGGGUCCUGCUGUGCUGGGAGACACAGCUGCUGGUGGGGGUGCUGCCUCGGCACCCCCUCCCCACCUUUCUGCCUCAUCCCCUGCAGUUUGGGACAUGAAGUGCCUUUAACCUCAGUGCCAGGGCAGGAGCAGGGAAAGGGUAAGAAAACCUGAGUGUGUUUUACACCUUUUUGCAGUUUUCCAACCACUGGCACAUCUCCACUGCCUCAGCUUCAGGGGCUGAGGUGGGGAGCUGUGCUGGGGCAUGAGGCUCCCUCAGCCCCUCUCGUGUUGUGAGGGUGGCAGGGUGGCAUGGGCUGCCCAUGGCUUCACCCAGAUCUGCCAGAGCAUCCCCAGCAGCACACAGAGGUGCCUCUGGGGAGCAGGAUCCAGGGCCAGCAGCAUCGCCACCCUUGGUUUGGCUGUUGAAUGAUAGCUCCAGUUAAGUUAUUUCUAAUUUUUUUUUGAUGUAUUAACUUCUGACUAGGCAUGGAAAUGCCUCUGUAACUCUGCUAUUGAUCUUGUUUGAAAAAAUAAAAUAAUUAUUUUUUAA